AGCUGGUCACGUGACGCCGACGGGCAGGGGGCACGCGCAGUGUUUUUUCACACUUUUGUAAACAACAUGGCGAUCCAUGGAUUGGCUCUGCUAGCAGACUGAUCAAACACUCCGCUCUCACCUAGCGUUAUAAGGGCUCUGUGUUAGACGGUGCGGAAGCUGUAGGUCGCGCAAACGGUCCAGUUCGCGCCGAAAGGACAGAGAGGUGGACCGACGAGCUGUCACGAAGACGUUUGACAGUCCAACGGCCAUCUUCAGUCUAUGGGCUCUCAGUCCAGUUCUGGGAUGUCUGGUGGAAGAGGCUCUUCCAGUGGCAACCCAGCUGAGCAGUCUGAAGCAGCAGAAUCGAACCAGGGCGGCAGCGGCAACCGAGGCCGCAGGACGGACAGGCAGUCUUCAUCAGAGGAGGACGUUGACUUAGCUGAAGUGCUGGCUUACUUACUGAGGAGGGGUCAGGUGAGGCUGGUCCAUGGCAGUGGAGCCACGGGGCUGCAGCUGGUCCAGUCGUAUUCUGACUCUGAUGAGGACAGCGAUGGAGCCUGGGAUGGACGGCUGGGUGACCGCUACAAUCCACCAGUGGACGCCCAACCCGACACACAUGAAGUGGACCGGAGUGAGAUCCGGACUCAGAUCCUGCUGGCCACCGCCUCCUCUUCCUUGAAAAGUGGUCACAGUUUCACCUGCAUGCUAGCAGAGAGAGAAAAAGGCAGAUGUAGAGCCUCCAGUUUUUCCCACGGAGAGUGCAGCCGUAUCCGUACGCAUUUCCUGCCAAAUUAUGUGUCCCACAAGGAUACAUACCAGCAGAAAGCCUUCUGUGGAGUGUACAGCGAGGAUGGCAACAUGUUCCUCUCUGCCUGCCAAGAUCAGAAUAUCCGCCUGUAUGACACUAGUAGGGGACGUUUUCACCUACGGCGAACAGUGAAGGCCCGUGAUGUGGGCUGGAGCGUGCUGGAUGUCUGCUUCACCCCUGACGCGCGCCACGUGCUCUACUCCAGCUGGUCUGAUUACAUUCAUAUGUGCAGUAUAGAUGGAGACAGUGAAAACCACACCGCCCUGGACCUCAAUCCAGAUGAGAGGAGGUUCUGUGUGUUCUCGCUGGCUGCGUCCACAGAUGGCAAAGAGAUCCUGGGAGGAGCAAAUGAUGGCUGCCUUUACGUUUUCGAUCUUGAGCAGAAUAAACGAAUGUUGAAGAUUGAUGCCCACGAGGACGACGUGAAUGCGGUGGCGUUCGCCGACAGCUCAUCCCAGCUGCUCUUCUCUGGCAGCGAUGAUGCAGUGUGCAAGGUGUGGGACAGACGGACGCUGCGGGAGGACAGACCGCAGCCUGUUGGACAGCUGGCCGGCCACCGAGACGGCAUCACCUUCAUCCACAGCAAGGGUGACGCUCGAUAUUUGAUCAGUAACUCGAAGGACCAGUCCAUCAAGCUCUGGGAUGUCAGGAAGUUCUCGCCCAAAGAGGGGCUGGCAGCUUCCCGCCUGGCUGUCACCCAGCAAAACUGGGACUACCGUUGGCAGCAGGUUCCCCAGAGAGCCCUGAAGAGACACAAGCUGACAGGCGACACCUCAGUGAUGACCUACCGAGGUCAUGGCGUUCUGCACACCCUGAUCCGCUGCCGUUUCUCACCAGAAUUCAGCACCGGGCAGAGAUUCAUCUACUCUGGCUGUUCCACAGGCAAAAUCGUCAUCUAUGAUGUGCUGACCGGCACGGUGAAAUCCAGACUGGUCGGCCAUGACGCGUGUGUGCGAGACGUCAGUUGGCACCCGUAUGAGGACAUCAUCAUCAGCAGCUCUUGGGAUGGAGCAGUUCGAAUGUGGGAGCACAGACAAACCCACCCCCUAGACGAGGAGCGAGGAGGAGGAGGUGGAGGAGAAGACGACGAGAGAUGCUGGAGGAAGUGACAUCACAGCAGAGGAAGGCAGUGGGCUCAGAAUUCCUGAGAGAGAUUUAAGUAUAUUUUAAAUAAAUGCUGGAGAUUAGUGAAUAAAAUGAAAGCGUGGCUGUGAAGUGUUCAUCUGGAAGGCGUUGCAGCCUCGCGCUGUCCAGUGCAGAUCGGAGCUCGACGGGACGGCGGCCACCUGCUCCCCCCCCCCCUCUUUCUGUUUUUGCCUCACUGUCUUGCUCACAAUAAGCAGGCCAGAGCUUUUGAAUCCAGCCUGUGACACUUCACUCAAAAUGCGCUGAAGCUGCACUUAUGAGCUAUUGGAAUUUAACGAUAAGUUAGUGAUUACACACACACACACACACACACACACACACACACAUAUAUAUAAAAACCGACAUUGGAUAUUGCAGGGGGAAACAUUAUGAUGAUGAUUUUGUAUAAAUGUAUAGAAUUUUAAUGGUUUGUGUGUUCAGGGAGUGUAUUUUGACUGUUGUCAGUGUGCUGACUCUGUUUGGACUCUGCUGUUAUGAAUAACACAGGCUGUGUCCUAUUUUAGGGGCCAUCUCUGUUUAAAGACUCAACAUAUAAUGAUAAUAUUUUUCAGUUGCAAAAACACAUGAACCUGAUAAUUGCAUAACUUUCCAGAUUUUACCAGAAACUUCAGUCUCAAGGAAGUUUCCCACAUAUUACUUUGAGCAGGUCUGCUUUAUCAGACAUACUUUUGUUAAUUCUGAGUCCCCUUCAGGCAUUCUCGUGGCUAAUGUAACUCUCUGCCCUCAGACGCAGCAAUAGUCCUAUUCUUGAUCUAGGGUCAGCACUCAGUGUCAUUUUGGCUAAUGUAAGCCUGUGAUUUCUUUCAAAGAUUUGAUUGUGUUUGAUUAAUAUGUUAAAGUCAGCACUUGGGGAAGGGACUGAGCACGUGCACAUGAUUUCAAAAAUCAUCUGUAUAUGCAAUUUUCAGGUGUUUAUAUCAAAGCUCAUAUUUCACUCUCAGACUUUGCAGUUAUAAUAAAAACCUUUCUUCAAAUGUAU